UGAGGGACCCUUGAAUUACGUACAUCCUCAUAUUUAGUAGUAUUUCCUCGAUCACAGCUUUCAACCUUCGUCAAACACUUACCUGACGCUUACAAGCGCUCUCUAUCGUGUUACCACCAACUUCUGCUUCAAUUCUAUCUGCGUACUAAUCUAGUCUUCGAAGCUCACAAAUUGACGCUCGAUAUCACACUUGCUAGUACUUGCCUUGGCUCCUCGUUAUUGUCGUGUGCUGCAUUGCAAGAUAUAAACGAUGGCUUCUUGGAUUGAUAUAAUCGCCUUUCUAACCACAACGAUUCUUUUUGUGGGGACCAUCUUCGGCAUAGUCCUCAUUGCGAAACGCCUUUCAGCGGCCGUUCAGAAUACGAAGCAAUCUCUUCAGAACAAAGGCAUCUCUAUAUCAGACAAGGGUGUGUCAAUCAAGACGUCAAAGAGGUUUGACAGGGAAAAUUACGUGGAUGCGACUCAACGCGGUAUAAUCAAAGUCUUAGACGCAUCCAACUUCCCCGCCAGCGGCACGGAUGACUCUCAGCACCACUUCAAAUCUAAGUCGAGCAGCGACCUGUUAUCGGCAGAUAACGGCUCUCACGGCGCAAAGACAUUUGGAAUACGGCGAGCGCACAGCGGGGCGAGUAAGUGAGAAUAUGUAUGAACAAACCUCUGGGCGGAGGUAUGACCCUCCAUGGAAUUCACCUUGUGCACCAGAUAGCGGCCCAUGGCUGCACUGGUGCCGAAAUUAUUUUCAGGGAGCUAUUUAGGAGCUAGGUACAAUUUAUCAAUCUGUAAUUGCGCGCAGAUCAAGCGCGGGUAGUUUGGACAGUAUUAAACAUAUGCUUAUUACAUUUGGAACUUCGUUUGAA